UCAAUCCAACCCCUUCCUUCCCGAUCAUGUGUGCGGUGCCCGUCGCAGUGUAAAGCGCAUGUGCCGUGCGCGCACAUGUGGCUCGUCAGCCGAUAGGACGCGCCGGUGGUGAAGCACUCCGACUUGGAUACCGCAUCUUCCUUCUCCUGCGUUUAAACACAUAAAUAAACCCACUUCGUGUCUGUCCGGGGUCUUCAGUCAUCUCCUCUAUAGCAUCUGGGAAUUUAACAAGCAACCGUAGCUCGGAAUGAAGCCAGGCGAUUCCUGGAUGUUCUUGACUGACGCUCUGGUAGCUGAUCAGUAAGCAAGGCAGUGCGACAACAGGGAGGGGAUGUGGAUUAAGGGGUUCCCACCACAUAUCAUUUCCAACCUUUCCUCCUGUUCCUUUGCACAGCGAGCAGCUGCAGUGGCACAUUAAAACCAGCACGCCAACACUCACUUCCUGUAACCGAUAAGAUGGCGGCUCGGGAAGCGACUGGGCACAGCUUCCUGGUGACGUGCUGGCAGCCCAUUCUGAUCCUGAUGCUGAGCACCGUGCUGUCCGCCUCUUCUACCGGCUGUCCGUCCCGCUGUGAGUGCAACGUGCCAGAGCGCUCUGUGAUGUGCCACCGCAAGAAGCUCAUGACGGUUCCUGAGGGAAUCCCAGCAGAAACACGUCUGCUGGACCUCAGCAAGAACCGCAUAAGAACCAUCAACCCGGACGAGUUUGCCAACUUCGCCAACCUGGAGCAGCUGGAGCUCAGCGAGAACACGAUCUCUACGAUCGAACCCGGCGCAUUUAACAACCUUUUCGGGUUACGGACAUUAGGGCUCCGUAGCAACAAGCUAAAGCUGAUCCAGCUCGGGGUCUUCACGGGCCUGAGUAACCUAACUCAGCUAGACAUAAGUGAGAACAAGAUCGUCAUCUUGCUGGACUAUAUGUUCCAGGAUUUGUACAACCUGCGCUCUUUAGAGGUGGGCGACAACGAUCUGGUUUUUAUCUCCCACCGGGCUUUUCACGGCCUGAGUAGCCUUGAGCAUUUGAGUCUUGAGAAGUGCAACCUGUCCUCUGUGCCUACAGAGGCCUUCACCCACCUGCACAGUCUGAUCACGCUCAAGUUGCGCCACCUCAACAUCAACGUCAUAAGGGAUUACUCCUUUAAACGCCUCUUUAGGCUAAAAGUGCUGGAGAUCGCAAAUUGGCCAUAUUUGGAUACAAUGACCCCAAAUUGCUUGUACGGAUUAAACCUUACCUCCCUGACCAUUGCAAAUGCUAACCUUACCACCAUUCCUUACGUCGCCCUAAGGCACUUGGUCUACUUACGCUUUCUUAAUCUCUCCUACAACCCAAUCCAUACUAUUGAUGGAAAUAAGCUCCACGAUCUGCUCCGUCUUCAGGAGUUUCACAUAGUUGGAGGGCGACUGGCCAUGAUCGAGCCCUACUCUUUCCGGGGUCUCAACUACCUGAAGAUUCUCAACGUGUCUGGGAAUUCACUGACCACUUUAGAGGAGUCUGCGUUCCAUUCGGUUGGCAACUUGGAAACUCUAGCCUUGUACGACAAUCCCCUGGCUUGCGACUGCCGCAUGUUGUGGGUAUUCCGGCGACGCUGGAGACUCAACUUCAACCGGCAGCAGCCUACCUGCGCCUCUCCUGAAUUCGUCCAAGGCAAAGAGUUUAAGGACUUCCCAGAUGUCCUGCAGCCCAACUACUUCACCUGUCGUAAAUCCAGGAUUAGGGAUCGCAAACCGCAACAGCAGUUUGUCGACGAAGGAGCCAUCGUUCACUUCACCUGCGAGGCGGACGGCGAUCCGGCUCCUGUGAUCAUGUGGCUCUCCCCGCAAAAGAAGUUCAUCACCACCAAAACAAUCGGAAGGAUCUCUGUGUUGCCAGAUGGUACCCUGGAGGUCCGUUACGCUCAGAUUCAGGACAAUGGAACAUAUGUGUGUAUAGCUAUCAACGCAGGUGGGAAUGACACCUCUCAGGCUCACCUGCACAUUCACAGCUAUUCGCCCGAUUGGCCAGUCCAACCCAACAAGACUUUUGCUUUCAUUUCCAACCAACCAGCAGAGACUGGCGCUAACGACACGCGAGCCAACGUCCCUUUCCCCUUCGAUAUAAAGACAUUGAUCAUCGCGACCACGAUGGGCUUCAUUUCCUUUCUGGGCGUUGUCUUGUUCUGCCUGGUGCUGCUCUUCCUUUGGAGCAGAGGCAAAGGGAACACAAAGCACAACAUCGAGAUCGAGUACGUGCCGCGCAAAUCGGACGCUGGCAUGAGCAGCAGCACGGUGGACGCUCCUCGCAAGUUUAACAUGAAAAUGAUUUAAAGAAGCGGCCGUGCAAGGAAUUAAAAAAAUAAAUAAAUAAAAGAGAGAAACAAAACAUUGCUGAGUGCUAAGCACUGCAUCCUGGUGUGCUCACAUGGGGAAUGACUUAAGAACUUGAGAAGGGCCGUUGCAGACUUUUAAGUGAGAGGCAGUGAAAGCAUGCCCACCGCAGCAAGGCAUUAGUGAGGUCUAUAUGGCUCGUGGGCAGAUUUUAUGGAAAGUCAUGUUAGUCAUAAACAGUUCAUGUUCCUGUGGAUCUAUAAUGGGGAAAUAUAAUUGACAAGAGUUACACUCACGCAAGCUGCCAGAAGGUAGAUGGUUUGGCCAUUGCCAUUUUGUGUCAGUAUUUAUUUUAUUUUCUCUUGAAAUCCCCACCCUGAGGCCACGUAUCCAGUUAUGAAUGAGAUUUUUGUGGGCUGAUACAGUAAUGUGAAUUUGAAGUUGAAAAUCAAUACCUUUAAUCAGAUUAGUGUUUGAAAUGUGAUUUUUUUUUUUUUUUUUUUUGUCCUACUUUUAUGGUCUU